ACGCCAGCGGCUGGCUGCGAGAGCACGGGGCACGGAACUGGCCGCUUCCUGCAGCAGUCGCGAUGACGGAACACGGCGCUUCGGUGAGGAUGAGCUCCGCCUGUCCAGCCGGGCUUCUGUUCGGCUUCUCUCUCCUGCUGGUCCUGCUCUGUCCGGCCUCGGCCGGUCCGUGGAUCGACCUCAGCCACACAUACGACAAGACCACACAGUACUGGCCGGGCAACCUCAAGUUCAACCUGAGCACAGUGUUCAAGGGCCAGAUGGAAGGCUUCUGGCUCGAGGCGCACAACUUCGAGACCGCGGAGCAUGGCGGCACCCACAUGGACGCGCCCGUGCAUAUCUUCAGGGGCGGCUGGACUCUGGAGCAGAUUCCUGUCGAUCGGUUUGUGGCGCACGCGGCUCUGGUCAACAUCUCCGCCCGGAGUGAUGCUGACCCUGACACGACCUUGACCCCGGCCGACCUGAUCGCCUGGAAGGAGGCGCACGGCAACUGGCGCUACCCCACCAUCCUGCUGGUGUACACGGGCUACGCUGACCACUGGGGCAACAUCACGCGCUACUGGGGUGUCACGCCCGAGGACUUCAAGGCGAAGAAAGCAGUGAAUGGACAUGAUUUGCACUUCCCUGGUAUCGGCGCGGCGGCGGCUGAGAUGAUCGCCGCCGAUGGAGCCAUCGUCGGCGUCGGCAUCGACACGCCCUCACUGGACCCGGGCACCAGCAAGGUUUUCCCCGCCCACCAGGCGUUGUUCCGGAGCAACAUCUUCGGCCUGGAGCACGUGGGAGACAUGAGCCGGGUGCCGGCCACCGGCGCCACGAUUCUGGCUUUGCCGAUGAAGAUUGGCGGCGGCAGUGGCGGGCCGUGCCGCGUGCUCGUGCGCCUGCCGUAGCCAGUGAUGAGCAGCGACCUAACAGUCCGAGCACGACGCAGAUUGGGGGAACCGAUGCGCGUGGAACCAUAGCGGAUGACCGUGAUGCCGCUCUACAACUGUGUGUUGCGUUGUAUUAGACACGAUAUAUGCUGGCAAUGAGAGUUGCACAGGACCAUUGGCUGAAGAACGUCCUCGAUGGUCUUCGGCCGGCACGCCACGCCAGCCGUCAUCGCGAAAUUCCAAGACACACCAACGGUCUCCACCAAUACUCCUGGUUCAGUGACGUUCUCACCCGCUCCCACCGCCACACUGAUAGCUGCGCGGACCCGCUGUAUUUUGGCGUUCACGCCGGAGCGACCCGGGUAAAGCGCAUCAGGAGGGAAGAUUACAUGCUUGCGUGUAUAGCAUGCCUAUGAACGUUAAAUCAAAUGAGAUCAAUUUGUAUAAGUGAGUUACUUGAUGCUAAUGGCCUGAUUACUUUUCACGCCGGACACGCUAGCCUGGUUUUAGAUCACCACGCAGUGGAAGUGGUUAACCAGCUUUACAGAGCAAUUUGGUAUCCAAGACGGUGUGUAACAGUUUGAAUCGCCUCGACUUUUUAUAUGCCGUUACCCAAGAACAGGUAGCCACGAGUGCCCCUCCAUCCCAGCGACGCAAUAAACCGCAAGCUAACA